UGCGGGGGUCGCUCUCACUGCCAACGUUUUGGAGUCUCGCGGUUAAGUGGCGGCUUCAUUAAAGCUGAAGGUUUAUCAUCAUCGUCGUCGUCAUUUGUUUUUGUUAAAUCAUUACCGCUGACCGUCAGACGUGCGCGACGCCGCGAUGCGGGAAGAGGUAGCGCUGUAGUUGUGUGUUGUGCUGAAGGAAGCGACUCCGGAGCGGGGACAGUAACCGCGGCCCUGGAGCACAGGGGCACAGGGAGCACAGCCCCGCUCCGCGCUCUCACUCACGCUGUCCUGCCCCUGACUGACUCCCGCUCAGCCUCCGGCAACGGGCGGGAGGAGGACAAGCCGAGCUGCCCUGACUGACUGACUGACUGACGGGAGGCUCGAUAAUGCAAGGAGGGGACUCAACGGUUUCAAUUCCAGCCUCCAUGAAAGUGCUUGAACCUGAGGGGAAAGCGGAGCCACCCGUCCACAGACUCCCGGCCAGAGGGAAGGGAUGGCAGUAUAGUGAUCAUAUGGAGAACGUAUGCGGAUACUUGAUGAAAUAUACUAACCUGGUUACUGGCUGGCAAUAUCGAUUCUUUGUUUUAAAUAAUGAAGAUGGAUUAUUAGAAUAUUUUGUCAAUGAGCAAUCCAGAGGUCAGAAACCACGAGGUACUUUGCAGCUUGCGGGUGCUGUCAUUUCUCCAAGUGAUGAGGACUCGCAUACUUUUACAGUCAAUGCAGCCAGCGGUGAGCAGUAUAAACUACGAGCCACUGAUGCAAAAGAGCGUCAGCACUGGGUUAGCAGACUUCAGAUUUGUGCUCAACACCACACAGAAGCCAUUGGCAAGAAUAAUCCACCCUUGAAAUCUCGAAGUUUUUCCCUGGCUUCUCAGGGAAGCAGCUGUUCUCCAAGUUUACAGAGAAGAGCGAGCCAGAACGCUGCUGCCUUCUUUGGUGUGACUCAUCACAAAGGACUAGCUUUGUCAAAGCGAUCUCACACCUUACAGCCAGACCACUUGGUGGAAGUUCGAGAGAUGAUGAACCAGGCUGAAGGCCAGCACAAGAACCUAGUGCGAAUCAUUGAAGCACUUCCUUCCUCUGGAGAUCAGAUAUCUGCACUGGAUCAAGACUUGCUCAUGUUGAAAGCCACCACAAUGGCAACAAUGAACUGUCUGAAUGAUUGCUUCCACAUUCUGCAGCUCCAGCAAGCAGCCCAUUGGAGAGGUUCUUAUUCUUCAGGGACAACUAUUGAAUGGUUGGAACCCAAAUUACCACUUUCGGAUCAUCUUAAGAAUGGAAAUGGGCAUCAGGAAUUCUCAAAUGAGCAAGAUCAGUCAGGAGCUGUUCGAGAGGAACAGCCAAAUUCAGAACCCUGCCAAUUGAUGCGGGAGCCUGAAGAAAUAAACCCCGAUGAUGAGACAGAAGAUACCUUUGAGAACAAAGAGGAUGAUCUUGGAGCUGUGGAAGAAGAACGUAGUGUUAUAUUACAUUUGCUCUCUCAACUGAAGCUUGGUAUGGAUUUAACACGAGUGGUUCUUCCAACCUUCAUACUGGAAAAAAGAUCAUUGUUGGAGAUGUAUGCAGAUUUUAUGUCCCAUCCAGACCUUUUCAUUGCUAUCACUGAUGGUGCUACUGCUGAAGAGAGGAUGAUCAGAUUUGUUGAGUAUUACCUCACCUCAUUCCAUGAGGGCCGCAAAGGAGCCAUUGCUAAGAAACCAUACAAUCCUAUCAUUGGUGAAACAUUUCACUGCUCAUGGAAUGUACCAAAAGACCCAGAAAAAAACAGUAAUUCCUGCAAUACCUCAGCAGAACGCUGUCUGCAGAACACCGAGUGUUCUGAUGAGACAGAGAUAAAAAUUCAUUCAGACUACUACCAUUUGAGAUUUCUCGCAGAACAAGUAUCCCAUCAUCCACCUGUGUCAGGGUUUUACGUAGAAUGUGAAGAGAAGAACAUGUGUGUAAACACUCAUGUAUGGACAAAGAGCAAGUUCAUGGGCAUGUCUAUAGGAGUGGUAAUGGUUGGUGAAGGUCUUCUAUGUCUGUUGGAACAUGGAGAGGAGUAUACGUUUACCCUCCCUUGUGCAUAUGCUCGUUCCAUUUUAACUGUUCCUUGGGUAGAACUGGGAGGAAAAGUGAAUGUCAACUGUGCAAAGACUGGUUACUCUGCAGCCAUAACCUUCCACACGAAGCCAUUCUAUGGUGGCAAGCUUCACAGUUUGCAAAACGCUACUUUGGAAUUUUUGAAUCUUUCUGGGGAUGGGAGUAAGCGGGAUCUCCUUGGAGCUGAAUUGGCUCCAAGAGUGACUGCUGAAGUAAAGCACAAUUCAACACAAACCAUUGUGUGCAGAAUACAGGGUGAAUGGAAUGGUACACUAGAAUUCACUUACAGCAAUGGAGAAACCAGAAUCGUAGAUGUAACUAAACUCUCAGUUAUCAAGAAGCGAGUACGACCUACUGAGAAACAGAGUUCUUUUGAAUCCAGAAGGCUGUGGCAACAUGUGACAGAAUCUUUGCGUGUGAGCAACAUAGACAAGGCAACGGAACACAAACGUUUACUAGAGGAACGUCAGAGAACAGAAGCUCGGCAUCGUGCAGAGACUGAGACCCCGUGGGAGACUAAGUAUUUCCUUCGAGAGGGUGAUGGAUGGAUAUAUCAUAAACCACUAUGGAGAUCUACAGGAGCCAGCACUUCAACAUCUGCACCAGCACCUUAAAUACUGUUCAAUUGAACUAGUGCAACAUGGUUUUAAGUAAUAAAUGCUCACAACAGAAACGGUGACCAAUGUUAUUUAGUUAUAAUGGUUUCAUAUUAAAACUACAUUGUAAAAUGCAGUAAAUCUCUAAGCUGAUUUUAUUCAACAUUAGUGUGUGUAUGAAAUAUUGUAUGAGUGCUACAAGUACACAUUGGCAUGGUAACAAUAAGAAGGCACUUUAAUGUUACAGCAAAAUGAGUGAGAAAUUUUUAUCUUCAGCUAAGUUUUUAUAUCUUAUCCAAAACCUUUCAACUUAAAUUGCUUUUUGGCAACAAUCUUGUAUUAUUUUGACACCAGUACUUGAAAGAGGCAAAAUUUCAGUGAUUGAUGCCUCAGAACAAUGAUUUAUUUGUAAUCAGCACAGAAGUACGGUGCUUUUUUUGGCUUGUUCCUGCAGUUGAUGAGAAUCGCUGAGAUGCUGGACUAUUGAUUCAGCUGGCAGAUUUAUGGUAACAGAAUGCCAAGAGGAUCCUUUGAUCCAGUCAUUGAAGCUAUUUAGUUGCACAAUUCAGUGAGAAUAGCUUAUUUCGGUUUAAAACCUUGAAAGCAUUCAGUAGGUCACGAUUACAUAAGCUGCUUAACAAAUAGUCUAUCCAAGAGAAAAGUGUUGUAUGAAAUUCCUUUUAACUACAUACUUUAAAAAUUGCAGGCAAUUAAGAGUACCCCAUAAGAGGGUAAGCAAACUAAAAAUUGUACUUUUAUAAUUUACCCGUAUCCUUGUGAGGUUAUCAUUCAAGCUACCUUAAUUUUCCAAAGUGUGGUGCCUUAUGCUAUUUCUUGUAGCAGUCUUCCAAUCAAUGUAUAUGACGUUACCUGUUAGACUUAAACAUGACUAAGUUAACUUUUCAUCAGGAAUUGAAAAUGUAGUGAAUUUUUGUGUGUUUCUUUUCAAGUUUCUCGCAGAAACAAAUUGGCGUGAAAAAGGCUUACGAUUUUACAAGAAUAACGGUGACUUAUGGUUGUUUGGGUUGUGUAAAAGACAUUCAAGUGUAGUUGACGUGGAUAAACUGAACUAAGGUCUUUUGCAAAUAUACCUCGAGCUGCCAGCACCAGUGAGAGAUGUUUUAUUCUACGGGUGUGCGACUCUUGAGAAGCUGGAGUCUUUCAAUAAAAGCUGCUGACUAAGUGUUAUUUCAAAUAUUAGAUAUCUACCUUUGAGUUAUCACCUAUAUACACCCAUAGAAUAAAUGUGGCUGCCCACACAGUGACAGGUGAAAGAUGACUAUCUGCAUCUCUACUUUGAUAGUAUGACAUAACGUGCAUCUUCAGUUUGUAGGUUAUCCAUAUGUCAGAUAUGUUGUAUCACCCAAUUUGUAUGGGAUUCUUUUUGUACAGGUUUUUUAACAUUUUAAUUCAACAGGACAAAAGGACAAUUCUGAAUUUAUUUUGGGAGGAGUGGGAGAAAGACAGAGAGGUAUAUGUAUAUUGUACUGACUGUAGAAUUUUCAGUUCGACAUUUCUUGAAAUGAUGUGAUAUAAGAAGAUCUCUUGCCAGAAAAAAAAGUUGUUUAAUAAUUGGAAAAGUGUGCAAACCAAUACACAUCACACUUUGGUGAUGAUACAGUCCUGUAUAUUUUGCAAUCAUGUGCAAUGCACUGAGGAAACUUGAUAUGACACUCCUGUAGUAGUAGUACUAGUGGUAGUGGUGUGGAAAGAUUGAAUAAAUGUACUGCACAAACAGCCAAUUUUAUGGUCCUUUUUUUUAAAAAAAUCUUCUUAGAUGCACUUGGUACUUUAUUUAUGAAAAAUGCAAUUCAAAUAUGUGCCAUAAAACCAAUAUAAUGAAUAUGAACACAUUAGGUAAAAUAUUCUAUGCAUUAUUUUGAUAGGACACUCAGAGUCCCAACAUGGGGCUUGAACUCACAACCUUCUGGCUUAAAGAUAAUCACUGAGUCAAGUUGCUGAUUGUUUUGAAACUAAAGUUGAAGGCGUGCUGCAGGAUACCUGAGAAAGCAUUGGGAAAACCAAGAGUUUGUUUAGACCAGGUUGGUAUUACAUAAGGCCUGUCAUCACAAUACAAAGUGAGGAUCUUGGAAAAUUAAGACACAAGAUUUGUAUGCAUAGUAUUGUCCAAUCAGGCCACAAUAUCUUUUAAAAUCCAGAUCUUGUCAUCCACAGUAUAAAUACCAGUGAAUUGCCUUCACAUUAACUGUUGCUCAAACCUGAACGUCCCUUUGGUUAUAAAAUUUAAAGUGACACUUCAGCUCUAUAUGGAUUUUAAAACUUGUCCUUUUUUGAAAUUAAAAACUCAUCUGGUAAA